CUGUGUCCCUAAGAACAAGUGUAUUUUAAUAUUUGACAGAUGUCGCUUGAAGCCUUGUCGCUCUCUAUGUGUUCAGCACAUCAAAUAGAAGAAAGAACAGUUUAAUACCAACGUUUACCUCGAUACUAAAGAAUAAUUUAUUUUGUAUUACCAAAUUUUAUUAAAAUGUCAAAUAGUGUAUUAACUACUUCGAAGCGCAGCCUCGUUCAAAUAAAACCUCAAACAGCUAAAGAAUUAUACACCCACCAAAGUGCAAGCCCUAAUGAACUCUCAAUCUCUUUACUACCAAACGAAUUGUCCCGCGUUUUAGAUCAACCGGAACGCCAACGGUCAUUGAAUUAUUCUGACACAUUUUUUGGGAACUACAACGAUACUACUUGUGAUGUUUUCAACAUUAGUGACAGGUCCACUUUAGAGGAAAAUACAAAGUUAUUCUUACUUAAGGAAAAAACAGAUUCAUUAUUUCCUCAAUUCCAAGAAGUUUUGCAAGGACGCACAAAUGACUCUGAAGUUUUUGAUACAAUACAAAAUUUGAUACAGACAUGUGCUGGUGUAGCUGAUGAAUUGCAGAAAACCUUUCGAGAGAAUGCAACUAUGUCCAAAUGUCAAAUUAACAAUUACAAAUGGUUGGACCAAGAAAUUAAUACAUGGAGAUUGUUAUUUGCUUUAUACAAGGAUAGAAUCAUGGUCCAAGCCGAAGAUGUUGGUAUGGAUUGUAAUAUGCCACCUUUAGGAGGUUCGGAGAAAGAAGUAAUUGCCCAACUCUAUGCAUGUAACUCUACAUUACGAGAGUACCAACUGAUGGUCGAUUGGCUUGAAGCAUGCUACAAUCGAAAGGACUCACAACCUCAAGUUGGUCAUGUUACAAAUCGUGCAGUAGGUUGGGAAAAUACUCUUUUUCAACUACAAAACCGACGUGAUGUAGCUUUUGGCACUGGGGUAGAUAUUGUCAAAGCGUUGGAUCCGGAUGCUCCACAUCGUGAACGUCGUCCACUUCAUGCGUUGGACGAGGAAGAUAAUUUACGUCUAUCACGGUGUAUUUUUGCAGAAAUUCGUCAAGGAAGAAUUGAUGAAGCAAUGACUCUUUGUAAAUACAGUGGACAAACAUGGCGUGCUGCUAUACUAGAGGGUUGGCGUCUACAUGAAGAUCCCAAUUACGAAACACAAUUUAAUACUAGGGAAAAGCAGCCAAUUGAAGGGAAUCCGCGUCGUGAUAUUUGGAAGAAAUGCGCUUGGCUAAUGGCUGACUGCAAAAAAUUUGACGAAUAUACCCGCGCAAUAGCUGGAGCUUUUUGUGGUCAUCUUGAUUCUUUAAAGGCAUUAUUAAAUGUUUCAUGGGAAGAUGUACUUUGGGCUUAUCUCAAAGUGCAAAUUGAUAUACGUGUGGAAAGUGAAAUACGGGCUUGCUGCAUUAAAGCUUAUCUUCCCCUACCAGAUACUUAUUGGAAUUCGAAAAUGUCAUUGGAACAGAUAUUCGAAGAACUAUCGGUUCACAAAGACGCUGCCGUUCGCGACUACAACUGCAGUAAAGUCGGUAUAAUACAAAAGUAUUUGAUAUUGGACAAUAUAGGAGAAUUGCUACAAAUAAUGCGGCGUUGGGUUGAGGAGUCUAAUAAAUCCAACGAUCCACGAGAUAGUUUAUCCCCUCAUAUUCUACGGUUCAUUACGCACAUUGUACUUUUUAUGCGACAAAUUGGACGUGUUGAUAAGGAAGAAACAGCCGACUUUAUAGUAGCGGCUUAUGUUGAUUGUUUAAUAAAAAUGGGAGAUGCCCAACUAGUUGCUUUUUACACUGCUGCACUACCAGGAAAAUUCCAAAUGUUUUUAUAUUCCAAAUUCUUAGAAGGAAUUACCGAUACUGCGAGUCGUUCAGCAGCACUCACCGAGGCUAUUAAUGCUGGGCUUGAUGUAGAGAAUAUCACUCGCUAUACAGUUGAUAAUAUUCGUCAACGUGUACCAGAUAUUAUCGAGAAAGCUGCCAUGUCUGACGCAAAACUAAAAAUUGGUGAGAUUUCUUCUUUCGAUCAGCGAAAAAUUAGUGCGUUGGAAUGGUUAACUUUUUUACCAACACAACGUGGCGAGCUGUUGUGGCAAGCAAACGCAAUGAUACGUACUUUUCUUGGCGAGAACAAAUCGGAAUGUGUACGCGCAGUUUAUGAAAUUGUCCCUACCGAUUCUCUUUCGCAAAUUAUUAAUAUAUAUGGUUCCAAUGAGAAUUUCCCUUGCCGCGAACAGUGUAGCAUCAAGGAAUAUCUUAGUUAUAAAAUUUACUUAACCGCUAUCGAAAGUUUUGGGGAAUGGUCACGUCUAUUACAUAAUCGACCAAAGGAACCAAAUGUUAUCACAGCUGGCGCAAAUUUUACUGAACGAGUUGCAUCAGAGCAUAAAGGGCAAGUUUAUCAUGCAGAUUUAAAACGUUGGGAAGCAAAUCUUGAAGAACAAACUAAAUUAACACGAGAUGCAUUAUUCAAUAUAUUACUUUUCCCGGAAAAGGGGUGGUUAAUUGAUCCAGAUACGUCAAAAGAUCCUGUAAAUAUCAAUGGAUUAGAUUGGCAGAAUCGCCAAAUACAAUUAGAAAAAUUACGUAGCAUCUGCAUACCCGAGAUGGUACUUCUAUUGCAUAAAGUUUUACACGUCUCGGGCGAUUACCAAGGAUGUGUUAAGCUGUCAGACGAAAUCGCUUCAGAAACUCGACAGCUGUAUAAAGUUUAUACAAAGCACAAGCUGGCUGAACUGCUCUCCAAGUUAUCCGAAUCCUCAUUGCAGUUAUUAAACAAAAAGCUUGACCCAUGGGGUUAUGUCUCUACACUUUAAACAUUUUGAAAAUAAUAAUGGAAAUUAUUCUUUUCAAUAAUUAAGUUUUUAUGUAGAUUAAUAAUCAAUUAAAAUCGAAUUAUAUUAAAUUUGUGUUUUUACAAUUUAAAGUUGAACUGUUUUUUGUGAAAAUUGGUCAGAUGAAUAAACGUUUUGCAUAUUGAGAAAUAUAUCAUAGUAAA